AUUUGACCCUGCCGUGGUAUUGCGAAUUUGUGAGACUUGCAAAGGGGGUCUAGAAAAUGUUGGGUCACAAUACUGUCACUGUUCUCCAACUCCUGAUAUGGUUCAGCCCGUCGGCUACCGGGCUGCGAGUCCCUCGCUAUGCCACAGCCGUUUCGGAAGCAGCCAUCUCCAAGACUGAAUACGACUUUGUCGUUACCGGCGGGGGCAUUUCAGGCCUCACGGUGGCCGACCGACUGACCGAGGACCCCAACGUCAACGUCCUGGUCAUCGAGACGGGGCCCUUCGACAAGGACGAAGACAGCGUCCUCGUGCCCGGCGCCUUCUUCCCGGUCCCGUACCUCUGGCCCGGCCUCACCAGCGCGCCGCAGACCGAGCUGAACAACCGGACCUUCGCGGUCCCCGCCGGACGUGGCGUGGGCGGUGGGUCCAUCGUGAACGGUAUGGUGUUUUUGCGUGGCGGCAGGACGGAGUACUCGCACUGGGAAAGGCUAGGGGCCGAGGGCUGGGGCUGGGACGGCCUGCUGCCCUACUUCAAGAAGAGCGAGAACUUGACCACGCCCCCCGCCGAGUUUGCCGCCGCCGCCAACAUCUCGUGGGUCGAGGCGGCGCACGGGCGCGACGGCCCGGUGCGCGUCUCGUACCCCAACUACUUCUUUCCCGGGGCGGCCAGCUUCUGGCAGGCCGCGCUCGAGAGCGGCAUCGCCCCUUCGCCGGACCCCAACGCUGGCGACCACGCCGUCGGCCUGUUCAACAUCCCGACGCUGGCCGACGCGACCACUCGGACGCGCAGCCAUGCCCGGCUCAACCACUACAGCCGCGUCAAGGAGUCGCGGCCGAACUACCACAUUCUAGCCGAGCACACCGUGGCAAAGGUGAUCUUGGAGGGGAAGCGCGCUGUGGGACUCGAGUAUCUGCCUAGCGCCGGCGGGAAGAGGGCGAGGGUGUACGCCAAGAAGGAGGUGCUGCUUGCCGCCGGUGCGCUGCACACCCCGCAACUGCUGCAGUUGUCGGGCAUCGGGUCCGGGAAGCUGCUGAAAAAUUUGGGCAUUGACGUUGUGGUCGACUUGCCGGGGGUGGGCGAGAACUUUCAGGACCAAGCCGAGCUCAAGGUUCCCUACAUCAUCGCAAACCAAAUCUUCCCAAACCCGGGGGCGCUGGACACAAACUCGACAUACGACGCCGAGCAGCGCGCCCUGUACGACGCCAGGAGGGAAGGCGCCUACACCAUCGUCCGCACCCUGUCCACCAACCUAGCCCUCCCAGUGCUCCAAAACUCGACGUCCGACUGGCGGGAAAUCCUGGCACGCAUCCGCGCCGCCGACCCGCUCGCGCACCUGGCGCCGGGGACGCCGGCCGCGGUGCGGGAGGGCUACCGGCGCCAGCGGGAGCUCGUGGUGGAGCAGCUCGCGGGCCGCGACGUGCCCAUCGGCAUGGUGCACUGGGGCACGGCCGGGACGGUGACGCUGUACUUCCUCAAGCCGCUGAGCCGCGGGUCCGUCCGGAUCGACUCGACCGACCCGCUCGCGCGGCCCGUCAUCGACUUCCGCACCGCCUCGGACCCGGCGGACCUGGACCUGGCCGCGGCGCUGUUUGACAAGCACGCGCAGAUCAUGUCGGCGCCGGCCAUGCGCGCGCUCGGCGCCCGGCCCGCGGCCCCGUUCGACUACUCCGCUGGUGGUGGUGGUGGUGGUGGUGGUGGCGCGGACGCGAGGGCGGGGCUGAAGACGCUGCUGCGCGCGCACAUGAGCCCGUCCAACGCGCACUCGUGCUGCACGGCCGCCAUGGUGCCGAGGGCGGCAGGCGGGGUGGUGGACCCGCGCAUGAGGGUGUACGGGGUCCGGGGCCUGCGCGUCGUCGACGCCAGCUACUGGCCCAUGGUGCUGACUGCGGCGCCGACGGCGACGACGUACGCGUCGGGGGAGAGGAUUGCGGAUAUUAUAAAGGAGGAGUAUGGGUUAGGGUCUGUGUAG